AUGGCGAGGAUUCACCGUAGCAGAGGGCGCGGGGUUCCGGCGGCAGCGGGCGAGACGAGGCGAACCCGAGCGGCGCUGAGGCGGGGAACCGCAACGGGCACGACUACGACAACAACUCGCGCGUCGGCCAGAGCCAGCCCGCCGAUCCGCGCCAAGCCGGGCCACCCCUCGCAGAGGAGCCCGCCGCGCUGCUGUGGAAGGAGUUCAAGGCGCUCGGCAUCCACGUCCGCCGCGCCCAGGGUGACCAUUUCGCCGGAGCCGACGACUAAGGGCGCGUACAGGGAGGUCAUGACGAAGUUGGUGUCCGAGAACCAGCAUACGGAGCUCGGCGGCCGCUUCCCCGCGUACGACGGCCGUGACUCGCUCUUCACCGUGGGCGCGCUGCCGUUCGGCACCAAGGAGUUCGAGGUCACCCUCUCUGCAGGCGGCGACAAAAGGAUGGACACGAAGUACAGGGUGGUGAUCAAUCAUGCCUCAGCAAUCAGCCUGCUGCAGCUGAGGAUGCUGCUGGCGGGCUAUUCCACUGACAUCCCCGCGCAGGCGCUGCAGGUCCUCGAGACCAUGCUGGGUGACGUCCUCUUCAACGAACGCAAUGACAUAGAACGCGUCCCGAUUGGCACCAAUAAUCAUACACUGGGUGUUGAGGCAUGGAAGGGGCUCUAUCAGAGCAUCAGAUCAACACAGGACGGCUUGUCUCUGAUUGCAGACGUGUCCUCAUCAGUUUUCGUUCAACCCCUGCUGCUGAUUGACUUUGUUCAGAAGACCCUAAAGACAGAUAUCGUGGAUAGGAACUUGACUGAACCUGAGUAUGAUAAGCUGUUGAAGGCCCUCAGGGGUGUGAAGAUUGAAGUCACACACAGAGGUAAUAAACGCCGUAGUUUUGAAUCACCGGGUGGAGCUACAAAGACUGUCAUUGAUCACUUCAGAGAAAGGUACAGCCUGGACCUGAAAUACAAAUCUCUCCCAUGCAUCGAUGUCGGCAGUGAGCAGAAGCCAAUUUAUCUUCCUAUAGAGGUUUGCAAGAUAGUUCCCAGGAAGUGUUACCAGAAAAAGCUGGAAGGUAGUCAGGUUUCUAUUCUAAGGAAGUCAGCCUCCAUCCAGCCUGAACCGGAGCAAUCCAGUCGUCAGGUUGUUGACCGCAAACGCACUAAACGUGCAAAUGAAUUUGGCAUAGAAUUUGAUGACAAUCUUACAACAACAGUUGAUGCUAGAGUUCUGCUGCCUCCAAAUCUUAAGUAUCAUGAUUCUGGAUCUCAGAAAACGUGGUUUCCAAUGAAUGGGUACUGGAAUAUGAAAGACAAGAAAGUAAUAAAUGGUGCUAAGAUCAGCAACUGGGCAUGCGUCAAUUUUUGUGAAGAUUUAUCCAAGAAAGUUAUUGAGGAGUUUUGCUUUAAGCUGGCUGAAAUGUUUCACAUUACUGGAGUGGACUUUGACAAUUUGAAGCUCCCAAUAUUCACUGCACGUCCAGAUCAAGUUGAACAUGAUAUUCAUAUAUGCUAUCAGGAAGUGCAGAACAAGCUGAGGGAUCAGAAGAUUGACUUACUGCUUGCUAUUCUGCCAGAUGAAAAUGGCAGUUUAUAUGGAUCUGUGAGACAGAUAUUGGUCUCGUGUCACAGUGUUGUCGAAGGUCAAAUGUCUUCAUCAAAAGCUGGAGGAAGGGACUCAGUAUUCGAUGAUGUACAGAAGAGUUUACCGGUUGUUUCAAACAAGCCGACGAUUAUAUUUGGUGCUCAUGUUUCUCAUCCUUCUGCUGUAAAUGAUUCUGCUGCCCCUUCUAUUGCUUCUGCUUGGAAAGCACUGCAUGAUAACGAGAAGCCACAAAUCACCUUCAUUGUGGUGCAGAAGAAGCAUAGGCUAAGGCUGUUUCCCAUGGACAACAAGUAUAGGCACCGUUCUGCUACGAAGAAAAUUGUUGAGCCUGGCACAGUGGUUGAUAGCGAGAUCUGUCACCCAGCAGAAUUUGAUUUCUUCCUUUGCAGCCAUGCUGAGAUGAAAGUUUGUGCUGUCCAGUUAUGCAAGCGGCACUCAGUCGGUGUCAAUUGUUCCUCCCGCGUCUACCUCGCCCAAGGCUCUGACACGGCAUCAGCGUCAAGCUCCGGCAGUGCAGCUGCUCCUGCUCCUGCUCCUGGUGGUGGUCUAGUCCUUAUGCCUCCUGAAUAG